AUGGGGUGGUGGUGGCAGUUCCUGCUGGGGCUGUGGGCAGUGCCCCCCACAUGCACUGGGCGUGAGCUGCUCAACGUCUGCAUGAAUGCCAAGCCCCACAAGCCAGAGCCCGGCCCAGAGGCUGAGCUCUAUGAGGAGUGCAUCCCCUGGAAGGACAAUGCCUGCUGCACGGCCAGCACAAGCUGGGAAGCACACCUGGACGUGUCUCUGCUCUACAACUUCAGCCUGGCUCACUGCGGACUAAUGAUGCCGGACUGCCAGAGGCACUUCCUCCAGGCCAUCUGCUUCUACCAGUGCUCCCCCAACCUGGGGCCUUGGAUCCAGCAGGUGGGCCCGCGCGGGCAGGCGGAGCGGGUUCUGGACGCGCCCCUGUGCCUGGAGGACUGUGAGCGCUGGUGGGCGGACUGCCGCACCUCCCACACCUGCAAGUCCAACUGGCUCGGCGGCUGGGCCUGGAGUCGGGGGAAGCCCCGCUGCCCAGAGCGGGCCUCCUGCCGCCCCUUCCCGCACCACUUCCCCACGCCUGCCGACCUGUGUGAGCGUAUCUGGAGUGGCUCCUUCAGGGCGAGCCCGGAGCGCAGGGGCAGCGGGCGAUGUCUGCAGAAGUGGUUCGAGCCCGCCCGGGGCAACCCCAACGCGGAGGUGGCCCGCCGCUUCGCCAGCCCCGCGCGCUCUUGGACGCGCUGCCCGGGGCUCCUGGCCUUCCCUCUGCUCCUGCCUCUUCUCUCCUGA